GAUGACCAGAGACUGCGGACACAGUACAGGGAUGACCAGAGACUGCGGACACAGUACAGGGAUGACCAGAGACUGCGGACAGUACAGGGAUGACCAGAGACUGCAGACACAGUACAGGGAUGACCAGAGACUGCAGACACAGUACAAGGAUGACCAGAGACUGCGGACACAGUACAGGGAUGACCAGAGACUGCGGACAGUACAGGGAUGACCAGAGACUGCGGACAGUACAGGGGAUGACCAGAGACUGCGGACAGUACAGGGAUGACCAGAGACUGCGGACAGUACAGGAGAUGACCAGAGACUGCGGAAAG